UCCGUCCCUCCGAUCUUCAGUAUCGGGAGGCGGAGCGAGAGCCCGGCCCGGGCGGUAUCCUCCGGAGCGGCCAUCGCCGGGCUCCAUGGAGAAGCGGGGCGCGCCGCCGGCCGCCCCUCCGCGGGGCCCCGUGCUGCACAUCGUGGUGGUGGGCUUCCACCACAAGAAGGGUUGCCAGGUUGAAUUCUCCUACCCUCCCCUGAUGCCUGGAGAAGGACAUGACAGCCACAGUUUACCAGAGGAAUGGAAAUAUUUGCCAUUUCUUGCCUUACCAGAUGGUGCUCACAACUACCAGGAAGAUACUGUGUUUUUCCAUUUGCCACCAAGAUGUGGGGACCGAACCACAGUAUAUGGUGUCUCUUGCUACAGGCAGAUUGAAGCAAAGGCAUUAAAAGUACGACAAGCAGACAUCACCCGAGAAACAGUGCAGAAAAGUGUCUGUGUUCUCAGUCAGCUGCCUUUGUAUGGGUUACUUCAGGCCAAGCUGCAGCUCAUUACUCAUGCGUAUUUUGAAGAAAAAGACUUCUCGCAAAUUUCAAUUCUAAAGGAACUUUAUGAUCAUAUGAAUAGUUCCUUGGGAGGGACUUUGUUAGAAGGGUCACAAGUUUAUCUUGGUCUAUCUCCUCGGGAUCUUGUUCUUCACUUUAGACACAAGGUCUUGAUCCUUUUUAAAUUGAUUCUUCUAGAGAAGAAGGUGCUGUUUUAUAUUUCUCCAGUAAAUAGAUUGGUGGGAGCUCUGAUGACUGUCCUGUCAUUGUUUCCUGGUAUGAUUGAGCACGGUCUUACUGACAGCUCACACUAUAGACCCAGAAAAAGUAUAUCCGAGGAUGCUGGCUUGCAAGAAACUACACCGUGGUUAGAUAACUCAACUUCUGUGUCUGCUGGUGGUACUUCAAACACAAGCUUGGGAACAGAGAAGGGAGGCAGGAAGAUGGCAGGAAACCAUUCGAUGGAAGGUCAGAAAGCAAACAUGCCUUUCUCCCAGUCAGAGAAGACUCAUAAUGGAGCUCAGUCCUCCAAUGGUACUGUGCAACAUUUGGAAGUUCCUUCCCGCACAUCUCCAGAAUCCUCUGAAAGUGACUGGGAGACCUUAGAUCCUAGCAUUUUGGAAGAGGCUGGUAUGAAAGGAGAAUGUGAAAAAGCAGCAUCAGAACAGGUAGAAAAUCGUCCAAGUGAAUGCCUGAGCUCUGAAAGUCUUCCAAUCACUGUGCAGCCCCAAGCAAACACAGGACACAUGGUGCUUGUUCCAGGACUCAUAUCUGGGUUGGAAGAGGACCAGUAUGGUAUGCCAUUGGCUAUUUUUACAAAGGGAUACCUUUGCUUGCCAUACAUGGCACUGCAGCAACAUCAUCUUCUGUCAGAUGUGACGGUCCGCGGCUUUGUUGCGGGAGCCACCAAUAUCCUGUUCCGUCAGCAGAAACACCUGAGCGAUGCAAUUGUGGAAAUAGAAGAUGCUCACGUACAAAUCCACGAUCCUGAACUUCGUAAGAUCCUGAACCCUACAACAGCUGACCUAAGAUUUGCAGAUUACUUGGUGAAGCACGUAACUGAGAACAGAGAUGAUGUUUUCCUUGACGGCACCGGAUGGGAAGGAGGAGAUGAGUGGAUCAGGGCUCAGUUCAGUGCUUAUCUUCAUGCACUGCUUGCUUCUGUGCUGCAACCAGACAAUGACAAGUCUUUGUCAGACUUUGGAACAGCCUUUGUAGCAGCCUGGAAAACUCACAACUACAGAGUAUGGAAUAGCAACAAGCAUCCAGCUCUUGCAGAAGUACAUUCCAGCCAUCCAUUUCAGGGACAAUACUCUGUGUCAGACGUUAAAUUAAGAUUGUCACAUUCUGUGCAAAACAGUGAACGUGGGAAGAAGAUUGGAAAUGUGAUGGUGUCUACCAGCCGAAAUGUUGUGCAAACAGGAAAAGCUGUAGGUCAGUCGGUUGGAGGAGCCUUCACAAGUGCAAAAUCAGCCAUGUCAUCAUGGUUUUCCACUUUUACACAGUCAAACCAAAGCCUUGGGGACUAAGUGAUGGCUUUGCCCAGUGCUGCUGAAUAUUUCAGGUGCAAUGGUUUCUCUGAGCUGUAAAAGGACCGCUCCAAAAAGUAGGAGUGAAUACUACCUAUCCAGGACCAAAACAAGGCAUAUGUUGCUUUCAAGAUGUGGAAUGUUAUUCAGUUUCACUAGAAGUAUAGAAUGGUGAGUGCCUCCAUACGAUGAGAUGGCAUUUGCUGGAUAUAGGUUAUGUUUAAAAUGACUACUUCAAAUCUGAGCCUUUAUAAAGACAUUAGCAAACAAGGCUUGCUGCAAGCCAAACGUGUUUGACUUUAGAUUUGUACAUUUUCUUGGAUGUUGAAGAUAUUUAUGUAAAGUAGUUAUAUUUUUCGAUCCAAGUAGCCAAACGGUUGUGAAUCUUCUUUAGAAAUAAGCAGAGUGUGACUACUGAUUCAUCUUUCAGGUUGGGUUAGAGAGCAUGUCAGUAACAGUGAUACGGGUGGAAGCCCAAUAACGGCUCAAAGCCAGGUAGCACUUUGCUGGUUCCACCUGCAGAGUAGAAUCAGCAGGGUGCAGAAUAAGACUGGCUGACGUUUGAGUGUUUCUCCUUUUUCAUCUAUAGCCACACACAGUCUUUUGCAUUAAUCUCUCUAGCUCUCUUUGUGUCUGCAAGUCUGUGUAACAAUUGCAAAAUCACUCUCGUCUUGGUAUUACACAGUAGGCCUUCGUAACGGAAUGUUUUGGCAGUGUUUUACCCCAGGGUAUGAACAGGAUUCCAGCUGGAGAGAUUUCUUCAUGAAAAGUAUUACAAAACAAUACUCCAAAAUUAGGAUUGAAUCAUAGACAGUUUUCUGAGGUCUUGCUCUGUUAGGAUAUAAUUACACCAUCAAUGUAAUUAUUAUGUAUAUGAAUACUAAGUAUUAAAAUUACCUAAGCUAG